UAACAUUUGUGUAAAAAAUAUUAAAUAAAAUACAUACCUACUUAAAUUAAACAAUAUUACAUAUUCCAAUAAUACAGAAAAUUCACGAUUUUUGGUACUGACCAAAUUGGUUUUUAGAGUUGCCCAUUUUAAUUUAGAACUACCCACAUUGGUUAGAACUACCCAUUAGCGCAAGCUCUGGUCCUCGGGCUUAUUUACGGAAGUGGAAAUCGUUCGGCCGAGUAAGAGCGUCACGUGUUCGAGAACUUCAUUUUUCGUAGGUCUCCUCUUUUCGUCGGACGUCCAAAUGAAGUUUGCAGUUGCAGCAGCGAGUAGCGACUACAUAUGCUGAUCUUACACUUGGCAAAUAACGGUUGUAAACUCGAACGGCAUAAUAGUAUAUUCGAUUUGAUACCAACGCUGCCAAUAACUCACGUUCUCACUUCUAUCGAAUAAAUCUCUCGAAGUCUUUUGUGACGGAGUAUUGUACAGUACGCGCAAUCCACUCACUUCUAGCGUUAACUGUUUGGGAAAUACAGCCACGAUGACUGCUAAUGACGAGAGAACUUAUGUCCUACCCAGUCUGUUGAAGUUGGCUUACCACGCGUGUAAUAAAAUCCAGCGUCAAAAGUACGACGAGCUGGAAGUCCCAGACGUCGACUUGCAGAUUUGUUGCGAGUCACUUUUCCAAAUCACGAAAAUGAACACGGAGAGUGGUGGUUUUGACCCACUCGGAGAUAGGCGGUCGAUUUUUGACAAGGUUCAGACCGUCGCUUAUAACAAAUCAAUCGAUAACAUAUGCGAGAAGGCCGCAUACCACGGACAUAUUGAUUGUCUGAAGUUCGCUCACGAGAUUGGCGUUCCUUGGGACUCGGGUAAGUGGAAUGAUUCGGCAUGCACCAAUGCCGUGAUAUCAGGUAACCUAGACUGUUUGAUUUAUGCACAUGAGAACGGUAGUCCCUGGAGCAAAGAUACUUGGGUAUAUACCGUAAACUUGGACUGUCUGACGUAUUUGCAUGAGAAUGGAUGCCCAUGGGACGAAGACACGUGUGCUACUGCAGCAGCCAUUGGAAAUCUGGACUUUCUGACAUAUUUGCAUGAAAAUGGAUGCCCGUGGGACGAAAGCACGUGCACUAGUGCUGCGAUACGUGGAAACCUGGGCUGUCUUCAGUAUUUGCAUGAAAAUGGAUGCUCGUGGAACGUACGCACGUGCUCUAAGUCUGCGAAAUUUGGACACCUGGGCUGUCUUCGGUAUGCACACGAAAAUGGAUGCCCAUGGGACGAGCGCACGUGUUCUGAUGCUGCGAGAAAAGGUCAAAUUGAAUGUCUGAAGUAUGCGCAUGAAAAUGGAUGCCCUUGGGACGAUGUCACAACUUAUGAGGCUUGGCAUCAUGGACGCGAGGACUGUUAUGAUUAUGCAUUAAAAAACGGAUUGUCUAAAUACCGCGAGUACAACCCGGUGAAGGCGUGGUCGUGGCGUGAUAACGAUGAUUCCUUUUAAUCCUUUUAAUAUAAUAUAUAACAGAUAUAAUUAUUAUGUGACUAUAAAUAAUAAUAUAAUUAUUAUACUAUAAUUAUUAUA